CGAUUUUUCUGAGGUACCCGCUUGUCGUGAAGAUCCAAAAAUGAUAUCGAGAAAGAAUCUUCUGGCACUUCCUCUGUUGCUUGCGGUUCUUGCUUCUACGACAGCGGAUCAACCUGUCAGGAUAGCGUGUUACUUCAGCAACUGGGCAAUUUAUCGACCGGAUGUCGGUAGUUACGGUAUAGACGACAUUCCGGGUGACCUCUGCACCCAUAUCAUUUACUCGUUCAUCGGAGUAAGCAAUGUUACCUGGGAGGUGCUCAUCCUGGAUCCAGAACUGGACGUCGAUAUGGGCAAUUUCGUUGCCUUCAACAAUCUCAGAUCCAAGUAUCCUCAUUUAAAAACCUCUCUGGCUGUUGGCGGCUGGGGAGAGGGUGGUAGGAAGUACAGUGCUCUGGUCAGCAUGAAGCAGAGACGCGACACUUUCAUCAAGAGUGUAGUCGAAUCAAUGCAUAAGUAUGGUUUCGAUGGAUUCGAUCUGGAUUGGGAGUAUCCUGGUGCUGCCGACAGAGGAGGUAGAUUUUCAGAUAAGGACCAGUUCUUUUACUUCGUCGAAGAAUUGAGACGUGCUUUCGAUAAGGAAAACAAGGGAUGGGAGCUCACGAUGGCUGUACCCAUGGCCAAAUUUCGCCUGGAUGAGGGAUACCAUGUGCCAGAAUUGUGCAAAAACAUGGACGCCAUUCAUGUAAUGGCUUAUGAUCUUCGUGGUAACUGGGCCGGAUUUGCAGACGUACACAGUCCGCUUUACCGUCGGCCGCACGAUCAGUGGGCUUAUGAAAAAUUGAACGUGCACGAUGGCCUUCUGCUGUGGGAAGAAAAAGGAUGUCCAGCGAAGAAACUGGUCGUCGGUAUUCCGCUUUAUGGGCGUACGUUCACCCUCAGUCAGAGCAACAACAAUUAUGAGCCUGGUACCUAUAUCAACAAAGAGGCUGGUGGUGGUAAGCCUGGUGAAUAUACUCAAGCUAAAGGAUUCCUUUCCUACUACGAGAUUUGUACCAGGUUGCAAGCUCCAAAUGGAAACUGGACCCAGAAAUUUGACGAUGCCGGCAAGGUACCAUACAUGUACAAAGGAACACAAUGGGUCGGUUACGAGAACGUGGAGAGCGUAAAAUAUAAGAUCGAUUUCAUCAAGGAGUCUCGAUACGCCGGAGUCAUGGUUUGGGCUAUCGAUAUGGACGAUUUUCAGGGACUUUGCGGUGACCCUAACCCUCUAAUGGAGACCAUUAAUCAAGGAUUAAAGGGAUACACUGUACCAGACAAGGAUUUCCCUACCACCCCCACGCCUGACUGGGCAAAACCACCAAGCACUACUUCGUCAGACAAUAUUCAAACAACACAGUCUAUUCAGACUACUAAAACCACUCAAAUUACUCAAACCACUCAAACUACUCUGACUCCUCAACCGUCUACGACUCAUAAACCUACAGAGAAACCUACUGAGAAACCAGAAACAACUUCCACCACAGAGAAUACAGAUAAAUCCGAACCUACUCAGCCAAUAGAUACUGGCGAAGCAGAGAAGAUCGAUUGUGAAAACACCGAUGGAUUUGUUCCCUCUAAAGACUGUCACUCUUAUUAUGAAUGUGUUCACGGAGUACCGAUGAAAUUCAAGUGUCCCAACAAAUUGAUCUGGCAAACGAAUAACAAAGUUUGUGAUUGGCCACAAAAUGCAGACCGGCAAGAGUGCAAGAGCCAAUAAAAUCCCUGCAUUUAGAGCUUGGAUGCUCAUUAGAGAAUGAGGACUGAACAAUUUUACCGCGAUAUCUGAAUAUGGGCUAAGUGAUCGCAAUACCUUAUAAACAGACGUACAACAUGCAGCAACUUGCGACAAUUAAUCACCUCAUUCACUCAUGUAUCAUAAUCAUGUGUUGUAAGACGCCUGUCUAACAAUGGAUGCUCAAUAAAGAUCAACCAUUUAUAAGAAACUCGUGGAAUCCAGUAUAUAUCGGCUUAAAUGUCACUGAUCUUCUACAUUGUAUAUUUUUUCACUUUAAGGAUCGAAUGAUUUGUAUAAUUUAAUAAAUAAUUUGUUAUGC